ACGUAAAAAUUGAGAAAUUAUUUCAAACCUUAUAACUCGAAAACACCCUGUAUAUGCGCGCACUGCGCAUGCGCGAGACACCUGAUCUGCUUGUAAACACGGCUCAUGUCACACACGUGAAUGAAAAAUACACAUAAAUAUAAUUUAUAAAAUAUGUAAAUAAAAUAUAAUUAUAUAUGUAAAUAAAAUAUAAUUUUAUGUACAUAAAUAUAAUUUCAUGAAGAGGCAACGUAUGUGACAGUUAUCUUCAACAUUAUUGUAAGAUGUCUCAGGACAAGAUAGUUGGCAUUGACAUUCUCCUGGAAUUUCUGGAAGUAGCAUUCAAUCACAUACUAUUUUUCCGAAAGAUCUAUCCUGAGGAAAUUUUCGUUAAGAGAAAAAUAUAUGGAAUUACAGUUUACGUAUCGGAACAUCCAGAAUUGAAUGAAUACCUGUCAAAUGUAUUAAACUCAGUCAAAGAAUUAAUAAAGGAGGACGAAAAUAGUGUUAAAACCAUCAAUCUUACUUUUUACAAUGGAAACAAGCUAGCAAUAGAGAAAUUUGUCUUUGAUAUCGUUAAGCUGCAAGCAGAGUUUACAGAGAAAGAUCCAUAUUAUUUAAAAACAGAAGAAGCAUUGAAGACAAUCUGUUUAAAACUAUCAAUGUGCAACACAUACUUGAAACCUCUCCCUGAUGGUUCAACAUUCUCUGUUGAAAUUCAGACAAAUGAAACUGCACAUAUUAUUUUAAGCGAGAAUCCAAAAUGCGAGGAUUUUCCAUGGAUUAUUGAAGAUGAUGCAGUAGAGAUGACCAAUAAAAAUUUAUUGCCGCUAAAAGAUAUUAAAACUGACUGUUUAAACUUACAGAUGUAUGUGAUUGAGGACACGGCAAAUAAAACCUAAGAUAGCGUUCAAUUGAUAAGAGCAAUCAAACAUCUCGGAUCUUAUUGAUGAUUUACUGGCAUCAAUUUUGAUGACUUUAACUUUCCAUUUGUCUUCAAACUCCUUGAUUUGUGCGUCGUCUAUCACACAG